AGGAAGAAGAACACUCUGAGGAAGAAAAAGAGGAGGAAGAAGAAGAUAGCCACGACCGAUAACAAGUUGUAGGAGGAGGAGGAAGAAGAAGAUGAAGGAGGAGGAGGAAGAAGAGAAAAACGGGGAGAAGGAGGAGGAGGAGGACAAAGAGGAGAAGGAGGAGGAGGAUGGCGGAUGUGGCAGCAGCAGCCGAUUACACCGUGGAGGAGGAGGAAGGAAAAGGCACGCGUUGAUGUGGCAGCCGCGACCGAUAACGACGCGGAGGAGGUGGAAGAAGAAGAUGAGGAGGAGGAGAAAAAGGAGAAAGAGGAAGAGGAGGAAGAAGAGGAGGAGGAGGAGGAGGAGGAAGAGGAGAAGGAAGAAGAGGAGGAAGAAGAGGAGGAAGAGAAGGAAGAAGAGGAGGAAGACGAGGAGGAGAAGGAAGAGGAGGAGGAGGAAGAGGAGGAUGAGGAAGAGGAGGAGAAGGACGAUGAGGAAACUCAGGGAAGAAUCCGGAAGAUAUAGAAGAAGGAAAGAAAAAAGAAAACACGAAAAACAAAACAAAAGGUGCCCGCUGAC